UACAACUGAAAUUAACAAGGUCAGCGCCCACUCAAAGUCCACCUGUUGCUCAUCUGAUACAAAAAGAAAAUCUUCCCCAAGCGAGUCAUAUUCCAAAUCGACAUCAGGUGGGUUUGCAGCUCCAAGUGAUGUUAACGUGACGUUGCUGCCAAACGCAACUGUGAAGGUGGAUUGGAAUUUUGUUAUGCCGCCAAAUCAUAGUAUUGAAUAUUUCGUGAUUGAAUAUCUAAAGUUAGACAAGAAGCAUAAAGAAAUCUGCCGCUGCAAAUUAUGGCAUAGGUACACUGAUGACAUGACAAAUCCAUAUUCUUUCUGGGCCGAUUGCUUAGAACCAAAUUAUGACUACAGGUUUCGAGUUGCAGCAGCUUACGACGAGAAGAACGUGGUUUACUGCCACAAAGAGUCGCGCUUGAUGAAAUUGCGAAUGAAAAUCAUCACGACAACUCCUCUAACGAAGAAACUGCGCAGAAUCAGGAAACGGAGAGGGACGACAAUCAUUCCAGGUCUUAGCAUCACACCUAAGGAUCCUCGAUUGGGAAAAGUUUACGAAGAGGGGUCCUACCCGCCACCAACGUGGCCCCCAGAUGAUGUAGAAACAGAAACAAGUCACGUAACAUCAGAAACGCCAUCUACGACGACCAUUUCGAAUUAAACUUCCUUAAAAUUUUUACAGCGAUAAAAAUCAUCCUUCAACGCCAUCAGAGACAAGAGACCCUCCACUGGCCUCUUGGCGACAGGUGGAAGCUUUUACUUUCGGGGAUUCAACAGUUCCUUAUUGACAAUUAUAAGGGAGCAACAGUCAUCACCCUAAUUUCGGCUGUUGAC